AUGAGUGAGGCAUUGAAGAAAAACUACAGAGUGUAUGAUGAAUUAGGAAGAGGAAGAUUUGGGGUGGUUUACAAGGCUUAUUCCAAGAUUUCUGGAGAGCCCGUUGCGGUGAAAUCUAUAAAUAAGACACAGAUUGGUGAUUGUUCUUUGGAUAGAAAAUGCUUGUACAAUGAAGCUAAGGUUAUGAACAAGUUGUCAGGUGUUCCGCAUAUUCUGAGGUUUUUCGAAGUGUAUGAGGAUGAGAAUUUCGUCCACAUUGUUCUUGAGCGCUGUAAUGGCUCUGAUCUCUUUGGAAGGAUCCUUUCAAGAAAUGUCUUUUCAGAAGAAGAAGCUUUUGCUGUUAUGAGACCAUUGAUGGAAGCGAUCGCGCAUUGUCACAGACUAGGAAUCGCGCAUCGUGACAUCAAACCCGAAAAUGUUGUCUUCAAUGAUCAGAAUGAGCUGAAGCUGGCUGAUUUUGGCUCAGCAGAGUUCUUUCAAGGUGACCAACUGAUGUCAGGAGUGGUGGGAACUCCUUAUUAUAUUGCUCCAGAAGUUGUUUCCCAUAGAGAUUAUAAUGAGAAAAUUGACAUAUGGAGUGCUGGUGUGAUUUUGUACAUGAUGCUGGCUGGAUUCCCACCAUUUCAUGGCCAAUCUGCCAAGGACAUUUUCGAGGCCGUUCUCAGGGCUAACUUGAGGUUCCCUACACAGGUUUUUCGUUCAGUAUCUCCUACAGCCAAAGAUCUGCUAAGGAAAAUGCUAACCAAAGAUGUUCACAGAAGAUUUUCGGCUGAGCAAGUCCUCCGCCAUCCAUGGAUGACCAGUAGAGGAGGUGGUGGUGGCGGGAACUGGCCUGAGGCUGUAGCUGUUUGCGAGGCGAGUAGAUCAGCAGCUGUUCUAAGUUGA